CUCGCUCUCUUCAACCCCUGGGACGCCGCGGGAGUUGGAACGGCCGCAGGAGAGUCUGGCGGGGGGACAUCCAGACGUGACCCGGAUCCGGAACCUCAAAGCCCUCGGAAGCCUUUGCAAGCCAGGAUUUCCUCGGCGGGUGAAGGAAGGAAGGAAACAAGCAGAAGGACCGGCAGGGAUCCAUCCUGCGGCCCCAGAAAUGGUUCCCUGAAAGAAGAGGCCCCUGGAGCCCUUUGGAGUUGCUCUGCCGGAGAGAGGAAGGAUGGAGACACCCCCUUUGGCCAAGGAGGGGAGCAGACUUAAAGGCCCUGCAGCUCUUCAGCCUGUGAGCUGUGGGGAGAGCUGGACCAGAACCGGGCAGAAGGUCCUGCAGGAGGGAACCAUCCUCCCUUCAGAAGUUCCACCCUGGAGCUCCAUCCGAUACCGGGAGGCGGAGGGUCCCCGAGGACUUUGCAGCAGACUCCAUGACUUGUGCAGGCGAUGGCUGAGGCCAGGAAAGCACAGCAAAGCCCAGAUGCUGGACCUGGUGGUUCUGGAGCGGCUCCUGACUCUCCUACCCCCAGAGAUGGAGGGCUGGGUGCGGGAGUGUGGAGCAGAGAGCAGCUCCCAGGCGGUGGCCCUGGCGGAAAGCUUCCUCCUGAGCCAGGCAGAGGAGCAGAAGGAGAAGCUCCAGUGGCAGGUGGGAGACUUUAGGGAGGGAAUAACUAGAGAGAGUGUUUGAAUGCUU